CAUACCUCCGGUCAACUAACUCGACUCUCUGAGGACACCCAACGAUACAGAAUUGGCCACCUCACAGCCCUGUGGCCUUACCGGGUCGGCCUCUCUUGCUAGCGUCCCAAGGUCACCAACAGUGUUCGUCCACUUCUCAAGGUAUAAGCAUAUUUUGCUGGAGCCUUUCCGCUGCAUCUCAGCCUUACCGCAGCCAUGUCUCGAAACAGGGAAACAACGCGUACCGCCAUCGGACCAGCGGCAGCACUUGGAAGACUAUACGAUGCGAAAAACGACACCGUAUUGUCGCGGACGAUUUUCACCGCCGAGAUUCCGGAGGAAGCCAUUGAGUCGACCGACGUUCGAUGCAGCAAUUACGAGCUUUGCAUGACCGACACGCUCGAGGAAAAGUUCUCCAAGCUCAGCAUUACAGCAGAUCUCAGUGCCAGCAUCCUGGGUGGGCUUUCGACAGUCAGCGGGAGCGCUAAGUAUCUGUCACAGAAUAAAACCAGUGCCCUUGUUCAACAAGCAUCUAUCGUCUGCAACAUCACGACCGUGGACGAGAAUCUCCGGAUUGCCAAUAGCAAACUAUGGCCGGUACUGGACCUGGACGCGUUGAAGCAUGAAAAGGCGACCCACGUUGUUGUUGGUAUCCGAUGGGGCGCCAGAAGCGUUGUGACAGUGAAGAGCUCCAAGGCAUCUACUGAUGAGCUUCUCAAUUUUGGUGGGUCGCUCGGAGUGGGUAGAGGCCAUGGCGGAAAGCCUUUGAAGUCCAGUGGGAAGGAAGUCGAUUCGACUAGCCAGCCGGGAUCGGAAGGUGAGGGACCCGAGAAACGAGAAGAGAAGUCUGAAACCCCUUCUUUUAGGGGAAGGCUUGGCCCCCUAACGACAUUGAUCAAAUCCAUUGGCGGCGCCCAUGCAGGUGGAGGCUUUGAGUCCGACAACACACUGAAGGAAGUCGCAUCCUCGUUCGAGUUCAAGGUCAGUGCAGACGUUGUCAUGGACGGAACCGUGCCCGCGACGUAUGAAGAUGUCUGCAAAUUCAUUAAGAGCACGCCCGAAGCCAUGCAGAAGGCCAACAAGGGGAAGGGAGUACCCCUCUCUUACCAGAUCGUUCCGAUUGCCGAGAUAGCGAGGGCGCUUGGGCCUUCGGUACCCCGCGAAAACGUCGUACGUGACCUUGAUGAAGACUGUCUCUUAAACUGGAUUGACUACUUCGACCGAGCCUCCGCUGCCGUGCAGCGACUCAACGACUACUACGACUUGGUGUCCCAACACAAGCACUGCGUACCGGCCGAACACAUAACCAGGGCAAAGAGCUCUGCAGACGAAGCGAGAAGACAAGGGAUAAUCUCAGAGGAUAAAUUCGGUAAUGUCCUCUACGCCGUUAGGUCGGGAGAAUAUAACAUGCAAGCUUUACGGGAGUUGCUUGCGGUUCGGGAAACCCAGGCAACAGCACCUGAAGCUGCUCUCACGAUCACUUCGGAGUACUUGGACAAGAUAAAGUUGGCAAAACAGUUGGAACUGGUUGGAGCGAUGUACAUGGGAGACAACACAAGCGACCUGCAGAGCCUCUACGUCAGCGCCGAUUCCAAGGAUCUGUACGUGUUGUAUUACAACGAGACUACCAGGUCUAUGCCGGAGUUUCUCUCAACAUACGAGAGACUGAUGGACCUGUUGAAGAACAAUAAUGAUUCUUAUUGGGUCGUUGUCGUCGACUGUGACGUUGGAAGCCAAAGGCCGCUGGUCAAGGCGUUCAUUGAGCAGGUGCGUGGGGGCAAAGUUGUUGUCGAUGAUGUUGUCCAGGAGUACCUGGAGCUCGCAGAUAAGAACCUUAUGCGCUGCAUGGACCAGAGCAAUUUGGAACACCCCAUGAUCUUCAACCCUCCUGCUGGACGCCGCAUCGUUCGGAUCAAGUGCCCAGGCAGACAUUGCUCUGCGAACAAUGUCCUGGAAUGGACCUGUCCCAAUUGCAGAGAGCGGGUUUGCUUCGGAUUCACAGAUGACUACUAUUAUUGCGAUUGUGGGCGAUACACGGUUCCCAAUGCAAGGUUCAAGUGCAUGAGCAACAAGCACGGGACAUUGUAUGAGCAGCACGAGGAUGUCGAAGCCGUGCGUAUCGUGCUGAAGACUCUGGAUCCAUUUGAGGAAUACAACAUCCUGAUCCUGGGCGAAACUGGGGUAGGAAAAUCGACGUUCAUCAACGCCUUUGUCAACUACAUGAAAUUUGGAUCCCUGGAUGACGCACUCGCCGAUGAGGGCCCGCUUCAGUUCGCAAUUCCAAGCGAAUUCUCCUUCGACGAGCGCCGCAAUGAACGAGACGAAACAUUCCAUGUCACCGUGGGGCGUGCAAGUGAGUUUGAACAGUUCUCACGAAAGGGACAGUCUGCUACACAAAAGUCUGUCACCUAUCGAUUUGAGCUUGAUGGGAAGCGGUUCAGCCUCAUCGACACGCCUGGUAUAGGAGACACACGGGGUGUCGCUCAAGACCAUGAAAACAUGAAGGAUAUCCUCAACACUCUCGAGUCUGUCGACAAAAUCCACACUGUACUCCUGCUGCUCAAACCGAACAGUUCACGUCUUGGACCUGUCUUCAACUUCUGUGUGACUGAGCUGCUGUCACACCUGCAUAAGGACACGUCCAAAAACAUAGUGUUUGGAUGCACGAAUGCCCGUAACACCAAUUUCAGCUUCGGAGACACGCGGACACCGCUUGAGACCCUUUUGAGGGAUAAGGCUACCGGUAUUAGCCUUGGAUACCAUAACAGCUUCUUCUUUGAUUCAGAGGCUUUUCGCUACCUAGCUGCAAAGAAAUUGCGGAACAGAAGUAUCGCAUCGAAAGCGACGUUCGAAGACAGCUGGAUCCAGUCAGCCGGGGAGGCCCGCCGGCUUAUACGUACGACGAUGAAAUUGCCCAUGCAUCGCGUUCAAGAGACAUUAGCGCUGUACAGAACGCGCAAUAUGAUCGCCGGCAUGACGAAGCCCAUGGUAGCAAUAGUAACAGCCAUCAAAGCCACGAAGGCUAAGCACGCAGAGGCGCAGAAAAAGCUCAGCGAACUUCAAGCCGAGGGCUGCAAAUUGGAAGAACGCUUGGAGAUCGGCUACAUUGUCCCUGCCCCCCGUAAAUUGAAAAAACCCCGGACGGUGUGUUCCGAUCCAUCUUGCGGCAAACCGGUCUUGGUAGACGAUAUCAGCAUCAGACAAUAUACCAAGAUUUGCCACGAGGGAUGCUACAUCGAAAUAGCGGAAGAGACGCUGGGCUUUCCGGAACUUGCGAAGUGCGAUGCAUUCGGCAACAAGGGGCAAAAUUGCUCAGUCUGUGGCCAUGCUUGGUUCGUGCAUCUGCACGUCACUUACCGAGUUGAUUAUGAGUCACAGCCGAAUCCCGCUGUUUAUAAGGCAAUUCGGGACAAUGUCAACGGCUUGGUCUCUCUAGAGGAUACACUUGCGGUGAUUGAAAAAGAGAAGGAGCAGCUUGACAAAGCCAACCAGCUUGUGCAGGAGUCGCUUGCCAUGUUCGGCAUCUAUCUGAAGCACAACGCUAUGGUGGCUUUCAAUGAUGCGAUCAUCAAAUAUCUCGAUUACCAGACCGAGGAUGCUACGGCCCUGGGUAAGAUCGAUCAGGCGAAAGACUUCCGCGACCAGAAAGAAGUGUAUCGGAAGCAGUUCAAUGCAAUCGAAGAUGCCAUUGGCCGCGCCGAAGACAAAAUUCCCCAGAGGGAGGACCUAGUGGCUAUUGUAAAAAGGCUGGAGGCCAUUCCUGUGUACGGGGAACAAUUGGUGCAGAUGCAAGAAGGAGGCGCGGGUGUUCUGAAUAGGACGGCUCCACCCAGUGUAAAUUUGCAGCUCAGGAACGGGAAUAAAUGGAGCCUGAAUUGGAUGAAGCGGUUUUGGGGUUAGGGCGGGGGCAACGAGUGCGAUGAGUUAUUUCGGUACGAAGCUCUGGACUGGUAAGGCAGCGUCGGGCAUGGGUGCAAAGAAACAAGUGAUGCCAUGUUCAUGGACCUAUGAGCCUGAGGAGCUUGAUCCUAAUGAAGAUGAGCAUACACGGAUACGACACGCGGAGGGGACCAAUGAAGUGCAAAGAGCCGGUGCACAGUCGGCAAAAGAUGAGGUGGAGUGAAACAAGGUUGCGGGCUUCGCAUAUGUGCUUCUGGGCAGCAGCAGACAAAUUGUUAUUGUACCCCUCUUCGCCAUCAAUAUACUUG